UCUCAAAGCUUAGGAGUAGCAAAUUCUAUUCAGACAAAGAUCGUUGAUCAUAAAUCGUUUAUUGUAGUAAAAAUGGAAAUCGGAGGCAGAAAAUUGAAAAACACAGAAACAAUGGCCGUCGAAUCGGUCACCCAAUCAGCACCACCACCGAGAUCAAAACCAAACAACACAUAUUUCGAAAACCCCAAAAUACCCAUAGCAGUUGCUCUUCUCAUUGCCGAUGCCAUCUUCGUCUUCCUCAUCAUCGCAUUUGUCCCAUAUACAAAGAUAGACUGGGAUGCUUACAUGUCACAGGUUAAGGGGUUUCUAGGAGGUGAGAGAGAUUAUAGGAAUCUGAAGGGUGAUACUGGUCCUCUUGUGUAUCCUGCUGGUUUUCUCUAUAUUUACUCUGCGUUUCUUUAUCUUACUGGAGGACAAGUUUACCCUGCUCAGAUUUUGUUCGGAGUGUUGUAUAUUGUUAAUCUUGCAAUUGUUCUCUUCAUCUAUGUUAAGACUGAUGUGCUUCCAUGGUGGGCUCUUUGCUUGCUUUCUCUGUCAAAACGAGUGCAUUCUAUCUUUGUUCUCCGUCUCUUUAAUGAUUGUGUGGCUAUGACUCUUCUUCACGCCGCAUUGCUCUUACUCAUGCACAGAAAGUGGAAUCUGGGUUUGAUUGUGUUUAGUGGGGCUGUUUCGAUAAAGAUGAAUGUGCUUCUUUAUGCUCCCCCUUUACUGCUCCUCAUGCUAAAGGCUAUGGAUAUCGGCGGUGUGUUAUUAGCCUUAGCUGGUGCAGCACUGGUUCAGAUAUUAUUGGGGCUUCCUUUCUUGGUUUCAUAUCCAGUUGCAUACAUAUCAGGAGCCUUCAAUCUUGGCCGCGUCUUCAUCCAUUUCUGGUCUGUUAAUUUCAAAUUCAUCCCUGAACCAGUAUUUGUAUCCAAGGGAUUUGCGAUCUUCUUGUUGGCUGCUCACCUCAUAACACUUGCUUCAUUUGCACAUUAUAGAUGGUGCAAACAUGAAGGAGGGCUUCUUAAGUUUCUGCAUUCAAAAUAUGUCUUUAUGAGACUGAGGUUUGCACUUUUCUUCUCCUCUUUUAAGAAGUCUGGCAAGAGCAGUUCAUCGUCCAUCAAGAACCUUACUAGAGAACAUAUUGUGACUACUAUGUUUGUUGGAAACUUCAUUGGCAUUGUAUGCGCUCGGUCGUUGCACUAUCAGUUCUAUUCAUGGUACUUCUAUACCUUACCAUACUUAUUGUGGAGAACAAACUACCCAACAUUGAUCCGAUUGAUUUUGUUCGUGGGAGUGGAGGUGUGCUGGAAUAUCUAUCCUUCAAACAACAUUUCGUCAGCUUUACUUCUCUGCCUUCACUUAAUUAUUCUCUGGGGUUUGUGGUCUGCUCCACCCGAGAAUCCUUAUGCAGAAAAAGAACCAUCAUCCCACAAAGACAAAUAGAAGGUUCAAAGGCUCCUCUCGAAUGACCUGGGAAAGUGAUUUUCCCUUAUCGCGCCUUUCCCUUUGACGUAAAUGUUUGUUUGUGGUGUAUCUGGGAGCUAGUUUAAGAAUUACUAUUUGCCUAACUGGUUUGUAAAACAGAAUUUAGGGUCACCAAUCAGGAUAGAUCAUGGUUGCCACAUUUCGAGAAGUUUUUGUUUUAUUUUCCUUAUUUAUUUGAAAAUUUUGUACUUGGAAGUUAUGUUUAAAGGCUGUAUUUUAAUAGGAAUCAUAAAUGUUUGAUAUCAUAAAUGUGUUAUUGUCGACUA